AUGGAGCAGAACAAUUUGCGACGGAAAGACACCACCAGGGGUCCACCACUCCGCAUUCUAUCUCUAGAUGGCGGAGGCGUGCGCGGCUACUCGAUGCUCAUCAUCCUUCAAGAACUCAUGCACCGGGUCUACGUCGAGACCGAAGGCAAACCUCCCAGUCGAGAUGCUACUCCCAAGCCCUGCGACUAUUUCGACCUCAUCGGCGGGACAGGAACGGGCGGACUGAUUGCCAUCAUGCUGGGCCGAUUGCGCAUGGACCUGGAGACAUGUAUGGACGUCUACGUGAAAAUGACAAGAAGAGUGUUCGAGACGGACAAGACUUUUGCUGGUAUUCCCUACAAACAGACCUUGUUCAAGGCUUCGAAACUUGAAGAGGCUAUCAAAGAGUGUGUUCGGGCACACACUGUUUACGAAGACGAGGGCAAUGAUGGGACUGCCACAGGCGGGAGAGAAUUCCAAGAUCUCAGCAGUCCUGUCAGUGCCACCAGCGCUGCCGCCGUGAGAAGGUCCAUGAGCGUGCGGAGCGGAACUUCGGUCUCAAGCGCACCAAACCCGCGGAACUCACUUCUCUCGCCGUCCUUUCCAGCCUGGGGAAACGCCAAUGCCAGCUUGUAUGAUGGACGGGAGAACCGCACAAAGACCGCCGUGACGGCUGUCUACCAGGGCACCAACCCACGAACCGGCUCGUCCGUCCUCCUGCGCAGUUACGACUCGCGAAAAGAACCAGCCCCAGAGUUCAACUGCACGAUAUGGCAGGCCGGCCGGGCCACCUCGGCCGUGGGAUUGGCGUUCAAGCCCAUUCAAAUCGGACACUCUAUUUUCCACGACGAAGGAGCGGGCAAGUACAACCCCGCGCCGCAGCUUUUGGAAGAAGCAACCGUCAACGAAUGGCCAGGACGGGAGGUUGGUGUUUUUAUCAGCAUUGGAACCGGAAAGCGGCCCGAGGGUACUGAUGCCAGACAGCAUGAGUGGUGGGAAGGGUUUCUGGGAGGCAGCAUGGGCGCGUUCGCCGAGGCACGACGGCGACUGAUGGCCAAGAUCGAGGAUUGCGAGCAGAUCCACCAACAGAUGCUCAAGUCCGAGUUGGCCAAGCGCGGAGUGCCGGUCGAGAACUAUUACAGGCUCAACGUCUCGGUCGGGGUGGGCGGCUACGCCAUGAAUGAGUGGCAACACCUCAGCGAAAUGACGACAAAUACGAGAAAAUACAUCCGAGAAGAAAAUAGUCAGAGGAUGCUUGUCGAUGCCGCUGUUAAGAUGGCCAAGAUCGAAUUGAUGAAGAGGCGUCAAGAGCACCGUUUGGAUUCCCACAGUCGUGACUCCAGCUGGUCUUAUCAACAGCAGCAGAACUUUCCGUCGACUCCUCCCGUGGCCCCAGCCCAUCCUGGGGCUGUAGAGCUACCGGCCGAUGACGGGUUUCUACCGACCUCUCCGCAGCAGCUGUACAGAAUGCCGGGGAAUCCACCAUACCCGAACGACAUGCUUGCGCCUGGUCAGGACAAGUUCGCCGUGGCGCCAGGGGAGACCACACCGCCGAGGUCGUCCAGCGAGCUGCCUUAUCGCGGCAAAAACGAACAGACGUCGUACCAACCGCCACCAGUGCCUUCCUCCUAUAACCCCUCGGAGCCACCACCAAGACCACCGAAAACCCCCAUCAAUGAACCUGCGUAUCCUGCUCAUUCUCAACAGCGACAGCAUGUGUCUCCGGCACGAUUGAACGGUGCGCCGAGACCUCCUUAUCCUGAUUAUGACGAUGGACCGCCUCCAAUUGUCAAUAAGCUCAGAAAACCCCAGUAUACACCGAGAUGA